AUGAUUCACUCAUGGACAACCGGUGGACAAUGGUUUGCUAGGCUGCUUCAUCGUUUCGCGUCUUUAUAUGGAAAGAUUAUUUAUUAUAUCUGUACUCUUAUCUUUUGCCUUAGCUUCGCAUUCUCGCUUUCAAUGGCUCGCACUGCCGGAUGGUGGGUGAAGCAAGCGUAUAUGGCACUGAUUCCUUCGUAUCCAGUGGGGUAUCUACUAGUGAAUGGGUUUCGCGGCGACCAGUUCUGGACGAAGUUCUACAUAGACAGGAGCGUUUUCGCACCUUCUGAAAAUUUGAAGGAUUUGGUGGAGUCUGAACUAGAUAGAAUUGGUGAUAUCAAAAAAGCACAAGUUCUUGUUAGUCUAACUGAUUGCGGUGAACCGCGAACUUACGGUGGAUUCUUUCUCAAAUCUGGCGCUGAACUGCAGUUUCCUGUGCGGGUCUCGUUUGAUGAUGUCGAAAAUGCUCGUCGCUUAGCUCGUAACAUUGAAGUGGAUUUAGGUUUGGCGAGUUCAUCUGGAUUGAAACGUAGCGAGUUGAAAUGUUUUUGGGAGGGACAUGCAUCGCAUCGACGCAAAAUCGAGGUGGACUCAAAGGUUGGCGAGGAGUUGCUUUCACGAAUGAUGUUGUCGGAACUGGCGAAGAAAUUCAUCAUACAAAGGGAGUUGCACGUCGCUAACAGUGGUGUCCUUUUCUGUGCCCCUAUGUUUGCGUGGUUUGGAAUAUUUGGUGCCGGAUACGCCUUCGUCGUAGGACUUUCGAAAGUUAUUGGAGUUGCCGCUGGAUCCAUUGUAGCUGCAGUAGUGGGAAUCUGUGCUUUUCGCCAAUUUUAUAAAACCUAUAGUUUGUACAAGAUAAAAUGGGCUGACGAGAAGGCUGUUGAGAUGGACAGCGAAUAUUUGCAAGGGGCUCGUGACUACUUUAAUUCGACAAUGAAAUUGAACCGGUUAUUACGGGUUCUGCUAGGAGAUGAAGGGAAAAAGAACAUAGCCAAGAAUGGUGACUGCAGGUUAGAUCGAAUUUCGCUUUCGGCGAGGUUGAAACAUUUGGAAACUUAUAGCAAGCCACUGAAAUAG